AGAAGAAGAAGGAGGAGGAGGAAAACGUGGUUCCUCUUCUUCCUUCAGUAUUUCUAUCAAAUUCAAUUCGUUGAUGAAUGGGAACGUUCCGGACCUUAAGAAAGGCCUACGGUGCUCUCAAAGACUCUACCAAGGUUGGCCUAGCCAAGGUCCAUAGCGAAUACAAGGAUUUGGAUGUUGCUAUUGUGAAGGCUACCAGUCAUGUAGAAUAUCCUCCAAAGGAACGUCAUGUCAGAAAGAUUUUCUCUGCAACUUCGGCACACCAACCACGGGCAGAUGUGGCUUACUGCAUACACACACUUGCUAGAAGGCUUGCAAAGACACGGAAUUGGAUAGUUGCUGUAAAGACAUUGAUAGUCAUUCAUAGAAUAUUAAGAGAGGGUGAUCCUACUUUCAAAGAAGACCUCAUAAACUAUGCGCGUAGGGGACGUUUUCUUCAAAUAUCCAAUUUCAAAGAUGACUCGAGUCCUCAAGCUUGGGAUUGUUCUGCAUGGGUUCGAACCUAUGCACUAUUUUUAGAAGAAAGGCUUGAGUGUUUUAGAAUCCUUAAAUAUGACAUCGAGGCUGAGCGUUUAUCAAGACCAUCACCCGUUAUAACUAAGGGGCAUAGCAGAACACGGUCGUUGACUAAAGAAGGGCUAUUGGAGCAGUUGCCUGCACUGCAGCAACUUCUAUACCGCCUAGUUGGUUGUCAGCCUGAAGGUUUGGCUGUCAGCAGUUACCUAAUACAAUAUGCACUGGCCUUGGUAUUGAAAGAGAGCUUCAAAAUAUAUUGUGCCCUGAAUGAUGGAAUCAUAAAUCUUGUGGAUGUGUUCUUUGUUAUGCCAAAGUAUGAUGCAAUCAAGGCGUUACACGUUUAUAAAAGGGCUAGCCAACAGGCUGAUAAUCUUGCCGAGUUCUAUGAAUACUGCAAGAGAUUGGACCUUGCUAGGAAUUUUCAAUUUCCAAUCUUGAGACAGCCACCUGCUUCUUUUCUUGCCACGAUGGAAGAAUACGUUAAAGAAGCACCCUUGAAUGCAUCUAAUAGACUGGAGUAUCACGAAAAUGGUCAAUCACCUAAAAAGGAAGCAGAACCUAAAGAAUCUGAAGAGGCUCAAGCAACUGAAAAACCAGAUGAAGAAAACAAAGAGGAGGAACAGGUGCAUGAAGACGAACCAGAGCCUAAGGAAGAGGAAGUGGAACUUCCUCCUUUGAUAUCAACUGAUUCUACUGAUGAUUUGCUGGGUCUAAACGAAAUAAAUCCAAAAGCCCGGGAACUAGAAGAAAGCAAUGCUUUGGCGCUAGCAAUUGUACCAGCCGGAGGAAAUAACUCAAGCAGUCUUGAUUUGGCUUACACAAAUGGAACUUCGGGUUGGGAACUUGCACUGGUUACAACACCAAGUAACCAUACAAGCCAAGCGCCAGAUCGAAAAAUGGCUGGUGGGUUUGACAAGCUAUUACUAGACAGUUUGUAUGAAGAUGAAAAGGCUAGGAGACAACUUCAACUCCGAAAUGCAGGCUAUGGAUAUGGGGAAAUGGAUACACAUAAUCCGUUCAAUCAUCAUAAUCAGCAAGAUCCAUUUGCGGUGUCCAACAACAUAGCACCUCCAACCAAUGUGCAAAUGGCAUUCAUGGCUCAGCGACAGCAACAACAAAUGAUGUUCCAGCAACAUCAACAACAAAUGAUGUUCCAGCAACAUCAACAACAUAAUAUGAUGAUGGGCCCUUACCAGUAUCCACAGACUCAAUACCAUCAACAAAUGCCAGUCAUGGGUUCUUCUAAUCCAUUUGAGGACCCCUUACCCGUGCCCACCCAUGCUUAUAAUUCCAUGAAUCAUCAAGGCAACUACAAUUUAAUAUAGAGUUCAGCUUCUCUUCUGCUUAAUCCUCCUUUUUUCUCUCCUCAAUCCUUUGACCAAAAAGGAUUUAUUCUUUGUUGAGUAGAAUAACACUAACUUUCUUUAUCAAAAUUUCAUUCAUCAAUGAUCCAUUUUCCGUAGGCCAUUCUAGGGGUACACCCUUUCAAGUUGAAACAAAUGGUGCAUUUUAAAAUUAAAGUUGCCUAAGCGGUAGUCCAAAGUUUGGAGCUGGGUAAUCUAGACAGAAAACAGGCCUCAUUGAUUAUUAUUCCAACUGAGAAAUCAAGACAGUAAACACAUGUAAUUGACUACUAUUAUUCCAAGUUUAAUGAUUCAUUUAUCUUUCUUAUCAGAACAAUCUGGAAAACUGAAGUCAACGUGACUGUAUUGUACUUGCAGUUCAGAGCCCAUUCAGAGAAAUUUAUAACCAGGGUCAUAGAUGCUCUAGGAAGAAUUAAUCCCACAAAAAGGAUAUAACCCGCAAUAUAACUCAAAAUCGUCUAUAACUAGCAAUGUAUAUUUACCCAUGCAUGCCCGUAGUCCGGUUGAUUGUGUUCACUGUGCCCCUUGAAAAUGUCAACUAACUGAAGAAAUAUAAAUGACAUUACACGAAUUGUGAAUUUGACCAGAACAGGUUUUCACUUUGUAAUUCAUGUACCGCAAACCAAACUAAACAAAUGACAAGUGAUCAUGUUAAUAUGAAGAGAUUAAAAACUAAAAUCGAACUGAUGAAUUAGAAAAUUAAACUUAUUCUAUCUCUUUCCUCUCAGCAAGCGUGAUCUAAAAUUCAACAUUAAUAAUUUAGAAUCCUGCACGGAUGUAUGUCUUUGAAUAUUUCAAGCUGAGUUUUCAGUUUAGAUUUCACACUGCACUCUCGAGUCAAAUAGAAGAACGGUUGACCAUCAAUUAAUUUAAAAUGUCUUCUGAAUGUAAUUCGCAAAUCUGAAGACUCAUCGCGGUAAGUUCAUACCAAAAUUAAAACUGUAUGUAUCUCUUUUCAAUUAGAAUAAUGUUCUUUGCACAUCAAACUUUAUGACAGAGAGAGAAGAGAGUCCCAACUUUUUCAACUACAACACGAGAGCAUCCAAAUCCUAAAUCAUAUUAGAGGAAUUGACACAGUCACUAGAAAGGAUGGCAAGACUAGAAAAAUUUAUAAGUCUUACCGAUCCUUCCCAAGUCUACUCUAACAUUUUUUAACAUUCAAAAUUCU